CACGUGAUAUUGAUCCCAGUCACAUGAACUAAACAUGGCGCGCUACGUAAGAUCUGCUUGUAAAGCGAUCGUUUUGAGUGUGUUAGUAACCGCGGUAUUGUCUGUGAGAUAUGAUCCUAACUGGGACUCUCUUGACACGCGUCCAUUGCCGGCCUGGUAUGACACGGCAAAAGUAGGAAUAUUUAUUCACUGGGGAGUGUUUUCCGUGCCCAGUGUGGAGUCAGAAUGGUUCUGGUGGGAUUGGGAGGGUGCUAAAACCAACAGCGUUGUAGACUUCAUGAAAGCUAACUACCCUCCAGACUUCACUUAUGCAGACUUCGCUAAAGAUUUCAGAGCCGAGUUCUUCAACGCUUCGGAAUGGGCAGACAUAUUCCAAGCCUCGGGUGCGCAGUAUGUUGUAUUGACCAGCAAACAUCAUGAAGGCUUUACUAACUGGCCAUCCAUGUUCUCCUUCAACUGGAACUCAAAGGACGUAGGACCCAACAGAGAUCUUGUGGGAGAACUAGCGACAGCCAUAAGGAACCAGACUGACAUGUUUUUCGGGCUGUAUCAUUCUUUGUUUGAGUGGUUCCACCCUCUCUAUCUACAGGACAAGGCCAACAAAUGGCAGACUCAGAAAUUUGUAGAGAGUAAAACAAUGCCAGAAUUAUACGAGAUAGUGAACCGGUAUAAACCAGAUGUGAUUUGGUCAGAUGGUGACUGGGAAGCUCCGGACACGUACUGGAACUCGACCAACUUCAUAGCGUGGCUUUACAAUGACAGUCCUGUCAAAGAAACCGUGGUCACCAAUGAUAGAUGGGGUCAAGGGGUCAUGUGCAAACAUGGUGGAUUUUUGACAUGUGCUGACAGGUACAACCCAGGAAAGUUACAGAAGAAGAAGUGGGAGAACGCCAUGACGAUUGAUAAACAGUCGUGGGGUUACCGUAGAAACACAAAGCUGUCUGACUUUCUGACCACGGAUGAACUUAUCGGAACCUUGGUGGAAACUGUCAGUUGCGGAGGAAACAUCCUGGUCAAUGUGGGUCCUACCAGUGAUGGGAAGAUCAUCCCGGUGUUCGAGGAGAGGCUGCGGGAUUUGGGACAAUGGCUGAGGGUGAACUCUGAGGCUAUUUAUGGAAGUCAUCCCUGGACAUACCAAAACGACACUAUCACACCAAACGUCUGGUAUACGACUGUAAAGAUAAGCAUGGAGAGAAUGCUGUACGCUAUCUUUCUAGACUGGCCUGCCAAUAACACGGUUCAUCUGGGAGUCCCUAAAACCGCGGAGUGGACCACCGUGUAUUUCGUGGGUCACGAAGACAAACCUGUAAACUUUACCACCCUACAUCCACAAGGGGUCAUUUUAGAGAUCCCCCAGAUUCCUGAGGAAGAACUGCCCAGCCGAUGGGCCUGGACAUUUGUGUUUCAGGGGGUGUUAGACUGAAUAACAAUUAGUGACCAAGACUAAGGGAAGGGGACGAACAUGUUUAAUAAACAAUUUAGAAGAUAUUUGAUGAUUACAUGUUUAUAGUGAAGAGAUAGGGAGGAACAAUACUGAUUCAUUAUAAACAUAAUUCGUUUUAUCCAAUCAGUUCAUAAUACCGGUAUAUUUUAAAACUGCAGGCAAUGAAAAUCACUUCACUGUAAGCAUGCCUUCACUGUAAACAUGACUUCACUGUAAGCAUGCCUUCACUGUAAACAUUACUUCAUUGUAAGCAUGACUUCACUGUAAGAUGACUUCACUGUAAGCAUGCCUUCACUGUAAACAUGCCUUCACUGUAAGAUGACUUCAUUGUAAGCAUGCCUUCACUGUAAGCAUGACUUCACUGUAAGAUGACUUCACUGUAAGCAUGCCUUCACUGUAAGCAUGCCUUCACUGUAAACAUGACUUCACUGUAAGCAUGCCUUCACUGUAAACAUGACUUCACUGUAAGCAUGCCUUCACUGUAAACAUGACUUCACUGUAAGCAUGCCUUCACUGUAAACAUGACUUCAUUGUAAGCAUGACUUCACUGUAAGAUGACUUCACUGUAAGCAUGCCUUCACUGUAAGAUGACUUCACUAUAAGCAUGACUUCAUUGUAAGCAUGCCUUCACUGUAAGUAUGACUUCACUGUAAGAUGACUUCUCUGUAAGAUGCCUUCACUGUAAGAUACCUUCACUGUAAGCAUGCCUUCACUGUAAGAUGCCUUCACUGUAAGCAUGACUUCAUUGUAAGAUGACUUCAUUGUAAGAUGCCUUCACUGUAAGCAUGCCUUCACUGUAAGAUGACUUCACUGUAAGCAUGACUUCAUUGUAAGAUGACUUCAUUGUAAGAUGCCUUCACUGUAAGCAUGCCUUCACUGUAAGAUGACUUCACUGUAAACAUGACUUCAUUGUAAGAUGACUUCAUUGUAAGAUGCCUUCACUGUAAGCAUGCCUUCACUGUAAGAUGACUUCACUAUAAGAUGACUUCACUGUAAGAUGACUUCACUGUAAGCAUGACUUCACUGUAAACAUGACUUCAUUGUAAGAUGACUUCAUUGUAAGAUGCCUUCACUGUAAGCAUGCCUUCACUGUAAGAUGACUUCACUGUAAGAUGACUUCACUGUAAGAUGACUUCACUGUAAACAUGACUUCAUUGUAAGAUGACUUCACUGUAAGAUGACUUCACUGUAAGCAUGCCUUCACUGUAAGAUGACUUCACUGUAAGAUGACUUCACUGUAAGCAUGACUUCACUGUAAGCAUGCCUUCACUGUAAGCAUGACUUCACUGUAAGCAUGCCUUCACUGUAAACAUGACUUCAUUGUAAGGGUGUUCACUAUAACCGUGUUACUCUGUACAAUAAUCUAUAGACUGCUAUUAACACUUUCUAAAACUACAUACAUGUAGUUCACAUUUAUUCUGUGUGCUGUAUUCCUGUGUCCCAAUAUAACCAUGUAUCAUUAAUCGUGUUUAUUCAUAAUUCUGAUCAAUAAAUUAAUUAUCUACUUAAUUAACUUGUGAAUGCUGCUGCUAUUAGUUUAUAUGUACUUUAUGUUUCAAGUGAGGAAUUUUAUGAGAAUUUAGCUAAUUACAAGUUUUGAAUGUUGUGUAUAAUUAUAUUUAUGUGAUGUAUACUCCACAUAACAGUGAUUUCUCCACUGUCCAGUAUAUUAAACGCCAUGAUGUUUGAUUUCUCCACUGUCCAGUAUAUUAAAAGCCAUGAUGUUUGAUUUCUCCACACUGUCCAGUAUAUUAAACGCCAUGAUGUUUGAUUUCUCCACUGUCCAGUAUAUUAAAUGCCAUGAUGUUUGAUUUCUUCAAUGACUGUGUCAAACUUAAGACAUAAAUAUAGUUAGUGAUUGCUCCAUCGCUAAAUGCUCGGCAUUUAGAAAUGAAAAUCACGGUCGCGACAGCCAUUGGCUCGCUAAGGAAUCCUCACUGCUGAAAGCCGUAAGUGCUUAGCUUAGGUCUAAAUUUGUUGUUGUUGAUGUCUCGGUGACUGAGUGAGUGAAAAACUCUUGAAGGGACGUAAAACAAUUAAUCAAUGUCCUGUACACGUAAUGCCUUGAUCUUUGAUUUCUGCCGUCACAGGUACACCAAGCUAACCAUCAGCACCACCACCGCUGUGUACGCCAUUACCCUGGACUGGCCGCAAAACGGCACGCUGAGGCUCGGGGCUCCUAAGCUGGAUAGCUCGGGAUUUGUUUUCAUGUUGGGGUACCAGCAGCAGGUCAAAUUCACGCCAGAAGCUCAAGGGGGGAUCACCAUUCAGGUUCCUGUGUUUACUGACGGACAAUUACCAUGCAAGCAUGCCUGGGUGUUCAGAAUGCUGGGCGUGAAGAACUAGGGUAUACAGGAAUAUUCCGUAUCAUUUCUGUCUUGUGUGCUUUACUUGACUUGUACAUGUGUGGAUUUUUGUCGUAUCUCUUUAUUUAGUUUGGGCAUUAGGUCUAUGUAUAUAAGUACACACAUGAACUCUCCCACAUCGACUUCUUCAGAUCAAUUCUCUCUAUUCACUAAGAUGGAUUUUUUUCUUUGAUGUUGUGCAUUUUUCAUUAAAUUAUUGGAAACUUAUGAUAUUUGAUGAACAAUGCACCUAGAAUUACUUUUUUUUUUUAUAAAGAAAAUGCAAUUAUCUCAAUCACUUGGUAUAGUUUUGCCUUAAAGGGUAUUGGCAAAACAAACCAUUCACAGGAGAAAAAAAGGUUUACAUGUAUAUGAUAUAGGUUUUUCAUUUACAAGAUGUUUUUGAUUUCCUGUUUACUGUCUCUUAGACUACUAUACAAAAUCCACAGAGAGCAACUGAUGCUUAAUUCCGUGAAUAAACUGAGAUUUUGAUAAUGAGGGGGGGGGGGUUCUAAAAAUACCCAACAUAUUAUCAUGAUCCAAAGUUGCAAUCUAAAUAUUAUUGCGCAUAAGUACUUGAAGAUAUAUUUAUAUUUAUUACGCAAAUGUUUUGAGAAAUGUUCAGUCUUUGAAAUUGCUACCAAUUCCCUGUAAAAUAGUCCAAUCUUGUAAUCGACAUUAUAAGCAAAUCCGUUUCUGUAACAUUCCGUUUCUGUAACAUUCCGUUUCUGUAAGAGUUUUGUCAUUUUUGGUGUUGAUGAAUUGUCAUUUUAUGCGGGAUUUUAUUUGUGAUUUUUGCUGUUGAUGAAUUGUCAUUUUAUGCGGGUCUGUUUUGUAGAGAUGGUUAUGUUUAGCAAAUGUUGACAAAAAAUUUGAAAUUGGGUUUUCCUGUUUAUGAUUUUAUUGUGGUUGGUAGUUUGAACUUUGUCUGUGUGUAUAUCUUUGGUGUGGACCUCUUUACAUUCUCGUUUUGUCAGAAAUAUCGUAUAUCCCCGAAAACGUUCUACAAACAAUAUAUUCCUACAUUCAAAAGCUAAACUUUGAAACAAAGAGAGAUUAUUUCAAUUUAUGACCAUGCACUAUAAUAGUUGUUUUACAAAAAUUAUAGGAAAAUUGAAGAUAUUUAGUCACAUUUAUAUUUGUAAAUGAGCAUCGCACACUAGGUGCUACAUGUAUAUGGACGAGUUCAUAACUGAUUAGAGGGGUUGAAGGUUAAGAGGUGCAGGUUAAGACAUAUUCCAUAUUACCCCGGAGUUUCUGCAUAAUUAUAUAUGAUAAUUAAUCACUGAACCAGAGUCUCUGCAUAUACAUGUAUAUAGUAAAUAAUCACUGAACCAGAUAUGUAUAAUAAAUAAUCACUGAACCAGAUUUUUAUAUAUAUAUAUAUAUAUAUAUAUAUAUAUAUAUAUAUAUAUAUAUAUAGUAAAUAAUCACUGAACCAGAUUUAUAUAGUAAAUAAUCACUGAACCAGAUAUAUAUAGUAAAUAAUCACUGAACCAGAUUUAUAUAUUAUAUAAUCACUGAUCCAGAUUCUCUGCAUUUAAUAAUUCAAUGAACAAAUGUUAACUGCACAAUUUUAGUGAAAAAAAAACCAAAAUUGAUUUUUUUACACCCCCCCCCCCCCCCAAAAAUUAAAUACAUGUAACAACCAAAAAAAAAAACAGCAGAAUGAAUUUCAUGAAUACAGUACUUAUUUUUUCUUUGAAUGUUUGAAAAAGUUUAACUCCAUGGAGAACCUGUACAUAUAUGAUUGUAUACUAUGAUUAUGAUAAACAUUAUUUUGUUUCAGUGGGUAUACGUUUAUACACUGUCCCUUGUUUUUGUUGACAGUGUAAAAGAUUUAGAAUUUGUGAUGUAUUAUAAUUUUUGCGAGUACUUUCUGUGAUAUUAGUUUUUGUUGUAGGUAUAUAUGUAUACUUUGUCCAUAAUAAUUUGUUGACAUGUGGUAUUUGUAAUUUGUAAAUCACUUAGGUUUUGUGACGUUUAUUUCUGUGAGUUUUAUGAGAUUUAUCAGUGAGAUGUUAUCACAAAUAUCCAGUUUGUUCAGUACUAAGUGUUACAAAGAAAAAAUAUUAAUAAUAAAUCACAAAUAUCUAACUUGUUCAAAUAUCUAACUUGUUCAGUACAUGUACUAAGUAUUACAAAUAAAAAAUAUUAAUGAUAAUAAAUCACAAA